UUCUACCGUGAGGUACAAAGAGCCCAUCCUCUUGUUAAACAGGACGCACACUCGACUCAUUGAUUGAGUUGUCACUGCACGAACUGGCAAAACGGGAGCUUCACCGAUCUUACCGGAAACGUUAAAAAAUGGACGAUCACAUGGGUCCAGGACCAAAUCCUUUCACCGCGAGAUUUGCAGAGAGACGCUUGAAACGCAAACCAUCGAACACGAAAUGGCUGCUGCUUCUAGCGACGCUGUUUGCCUUUAGCGCUACCACGAUACUUUGCAGUUACUGUUUCCGUCUUCGUAAGCAUGGUACACCGAUAGCCUUGUAUCAGAGCCAUAUUGCAGGAGGGGCCGCAACGACAGAAGUCAUCACUACCACCAAUGCCAGGAGACGGAGGGACGAUGGAACAGUAAAGUUUGCACCUUCAACCCCGAAAGCCAAGGAAGAUAAACCCGCGGAGGUUUCCAUUCACUGCAAGAUGGUGUGCAGCAAUUCUUCGGGCGGUGUCUGCGUUCCAUUGGAUCUUGCCAUCUUCGUCUACAAGGACGGUGUUCCGACGAAAAAUAUGACUUUUGAUUUGCAAAACUACAAUCCUGUUGUCAGUCUACCAUGGAAGAACAACACUCGACAGACUGGAGUGCUUGAGGUAGAGUGGUGCAGCUUGGAGGAACACUUCCCCGGCGUAGAGCUCAUCCCACGGCAGGGCAGCUGCGCUGUGGUCGGUAACAGUGGCAUCUUAAACAACAGCAGCUGCGGGGAUUUCAUAGACUCGCACGACUUUGUCAUUCGCGCCAAUAUGGGGCUGAUUAAGGGCUUCGAGGUUGAUGUUGGAAGGAAGGCAAAUUUGAAUGCUUUCAACCUAGCCUUGAUGACUUUGUACGGCAAUGCCAUGGGAAGCAAAAUAAAUGAUGAAAACAAAAUGAGAUUUCUCGACCACAUUCGAAUCUUAAAGGAAUCGAUUCUGUGGUAUCCGAAACAACUGUUUCAAAGAGGGGGCAUAUAUGCGUCUGGAAGAAGGUAUCAAUCUAUAAUCGAUGAAAUAAGGAAGACUGGAUUUUCUGGUAUUCGAUUUGCAUUCAGCUGGACGCCUAUCCACGUGGAAAGGUCUAUGGGUAUACGGCUAACAGCCACGCUCGGUUUAGACAUGUACGCAGUCGCUCGGACGUUCUGCUCCAACAUCACCCUCUUCGGCUUCUAUCCGUUCUACAAAGACCUAGAGGGCCGAGAUAUCAGGUACCAUUAUUUCGACGAGGUGAAAUAUAAUUUUUCCCUCAAAAGGGGGCACGAUUUUGGCAAGGAGUACACCAAGCUUCGGGAGCUCGAGAAACAAGGGAAUCUAAAGUUGGUCGUUAGAGAUUGCAAACCAAGAGCAAAAAGCCAGGAACCUUCUCAUAAGUUGUGAUCAUCUCCCUAUCAUUGUGAACCUUGAUGCCAGCAAAAAUCCACGCCCAAAUUCCUGAGUGGAGCUUUUUAACUUCAGAGCACAUUCAGCCAAGGGAACUAGUGUUUGAAUUGUAAUGCAUGCACCUUGUCCCUACAUACUUCAUGCUUCAGCGUGCCCGCGCUCGAGCUGUAGUCAAACUUUUUAAGAAUUUUCCUCGGAUUUUCAGAUGUCACAAUUGCGUAGCCAUGCCAUUAGCGGCAAAAACCGUAUAGUGCCCCGGGUUAUGGGUCGAAACAAAAUCUACCCAAAGCGACUUCCAAAACUUGCCCUGUCCCUAACAGGCGAAUUUGAUCGUAGGUUGAUCAUGGACCAUAAAUUCUGUCUCUUUUUACUUUUUCAUAGCUCACGUAAUCCCAGGCCGGUGGAUGGCAAAGUACAAUUAGAGUCGCAAUAUAUUUAAACAAAAUAAUCAAGGCAACGUACGUACAGAUAAAUAAAUAUAACUCCCUUGUCAGUGCUAGAUGCAGAAAUAUUUUGGAGAAAGCAUUGUCUUGCACGAAUAUUCUUGGAAAUUGAUCAUGCAUGUAUAUGAGCGUACAGAAUAGAUUUUAUGCUUUUCAUCCUUCACCUCAGUUUAUGAUUGCUGGAUUUGGUGAGUUGUCUUUCUUUUAAAUCAAUUUGAGAAUUUUGAAUUUCUUUUGAGGAUGAAGCCUUAACCGAAAAGUUUAUGAUUGGCUUUUAUAUUUUACUCCUGGUGUUCGGUGGAUUGAAAGUAUACAGGACGAUAUUAUUAUUAGCAUUGUGUUAUGGUGGGAACUUAUGAUAUGCUUGUGUAUGUUAUUGUAGUUUUCUUUAACAUUUUAUGUGCCAGUCAAGAAACAAGACAAAUUCAGUUUGCUGAUAUCAGGCAAAGUUAACUUGCCCAGAGACCAAACCAAUCACCUAUAUAAUUGGGGUUGGCCUUAUGCAGUGGUCACUUGGUCUAUGGAUGGUUUGAUCUCAGUUUAUUGGAAUCCCAUGAGGACUCCACAACAUACAUAAUUAAUGCAAGCAGCAACCUUGGAAAAGUGUUAUGAGCGUCGCAAAUGUACAUACAAUGUGUGCGCUGAUAAUGGAAGAUUGCCGCGGGCGUUGGGGACCAUGGCUUCCCAAAAGAAUUCAUUUUGAAAUUAUGAGAAAAAGGGGUAUUUCUAUUCCCUCUCCCGCGAAGCCUAUAAAAAUUCCCCAAUAUAACCUCCCCUCUCAGAAAGGCAGCAAAAGGUUACAUAAAAAUCCCCCCCCCAUUUUGGUUCUGGAUCCACCCUUGUAAUCUCUGCAAAUAAAGAACGACUGAACACUUUUCCUGUUACCAAUACAAGAUCAGAAGGAAUGAUGAUGCCGUGUAACGAGUUGAAGGUUUAAGAACAUGUUGAAUGCAUAGAAGACGGUAAUUCGAAAGUAUUAGGUUUCAUUCACCCUUGCUCAGUCUGUUUGCGAUGUCCCCGAAACGAAAGAAAUAAAACAGAAUUGGGUUCAUAAUUUUAGUUUCAUGAAAUGAAAAA